GCACGGAGGAAGCGAGGAGCCAGAAGGGGCAAAGAAAUAAGCCUGGAAUUUAUCUCGCGCUUUAAACGAGACAAGAAGAGACCUCCGCCUCUCAUUUCAUAUUCCUUCAGUUUAUUCCACCACGGAGUGUAUGAAAUAUGAUGGGAACUGAACGAUGAGGAGUUUGUGCCUUGACGGCAGCUGACGGACUGAACCAUGGCCCAGUUUCCCACGCCCUUCGGAGGGGGGUCGGAUACAUGGGUAAUAUCUGUGGACGAAAGAGCCAAACAUGACCAACAGUUCCACAGCUUGACCCCCACACCUGCUGGCUUCAUCACAGGUGACCAGGCUAGGAAUUUCUUUCUACAGUCAGGUUUACCUGCUCCCAUUUUGGCCCAAAUAUGGGCUCUAGCCGACAUGAACAACGACGGAAAGAUGGACAUGCACGAAUUUUCUAUCGCCAUGAAGCUGAUUAAGCUUAAGCUACAGGGUCACCCACUUCCCCCAUCGUUGCCCCCCUCCAUGAAGCAGCAGCCGCUCUCCAUACCACCACAGCCCCCUUUUGGGAUGCCCAGUAUGGGACCAAUACCAGGCCUGCCACCGUCAAUGCCCUUGCCACCCCUGCCUGUGGGGGUGCCAGGAGGAGUGGGGGUGUCUCCUCCGUUGGUAGCAUCUGUGACCCCUCCGGUAUCAUCUCUGGCAAACGGUGCACCUGCUAUGAUACAACCCAUACCUGGACUUUCCCAUUCAGCUGCUGCACUCAACAAAACUGCUUCGUUCAACCGUUCCAGCAUCAAACUACAGAAAGGCCAGUCUGUGGAGGCACCUAGUGCUCCGGCAGCUCCACCGCCCACCGACUGGGCCGUGCCUCAGUCCUCUCGACUUAAGUACCGCCAGCUGUUCAACAGCCACGACAAAAUGAUGAGCGGAUAUCUCACAGGUCCACAGGCCAGAACAAUUCUUAUGCAGUCCAGUCUACCACAGGGACAGCUGGCCACCAUCUGGAACCUGUCAGACAUAGACCAGGAUGGGAAGUUGACGGCAGAGGAAUUUAUUCUGGCCAUGCAUUUGAUUGACAUGGCCAUGUCCGGUCUGCCCCUCCCUCCUUUACUGGCUCCUGACUUCAUACCUCCGACAUUUAGGCGCGUACGAUCUGGUAGCGGAGUGUCUGUGACCAGCAUGCACACGAUAGACCCGCGGGCCCAGGAGGAGCCGGGGGAGGAAGAGGAGAAAGAGCAAGAGAAAAAACUUCCAGUCACAUUCGAGGAUAAGAAACGCGAGAAUUUUGAGCGUGGAAACCUGGAGCUGGAGAAACGUCGGCAGGCUCUUUUAGAGCAGCAGAGGAAGGAGCAGGAGAGGCUGGCGGCGCUGGAGAAAGAGGAGCAGGAGAGAAAAGAGCGGGAGCGUCUGGAACAGGAGAGACGCAGACAGCAGGAGCUGGACAGACAGCUGGAGAGACAGAGGGAGCUGGAGAGACAGAGGGAGGAGGAGAGACGCAAGGAGAUUGAGAGACGAGAGGCUGCUAAACGAGAGUUGGAGCGCCAGCGACAGUUAGAAUGGGAGCGGACGCGCAGACAAGAGCUGCUCACCCAGAGAAACCGGGAGCAGGAGAACAUCGUCCUGCUCAAAGCCCGCAAGAAAACAUUGGAGUUUGAACUGGAGGCUCUGAAUGAUAAAAAGUCUCAGUUGGAGGGUAAACUGCAGGACAUCCGUUUUCGUCUUUCGACUCAGAGACACGAGAUCGAGAGCACCAAUAAGAAGCGAGAGCUGCGCAUCGCUGAGAUCACCAGCCUGCAACAGCAGCUGCAGGAGUCUCAGCAGUGGUUGAGCCGGUUGAUUCCUGAUAAACAAUGUCUGAAUGACCAGCUGAAGCAGGUUCAGCAGAACAGUCUGCACAGAGACUCUCUGUCCGGUCUUCAGAGAGCUAUAGAAAUGAAGGAGUCAACCAAACAGCAGCUCAAAGAACAGCUGGACACUGUGGAGAAGGAGACGCGCUCCAAACUACUUGAGAUUGAUGCGUUCAACACACAGCUGAAGGAGUUGAGAGAAAUCCACAACAAACAGCAGAGGCAGAAACAAAAGGACCUGGAGGCUGACAUCACCCAGCCGUCACAUGAUAGGACAUCCACGGAAUUACAAGAGUCCAGGUUGUCGGGGCCAGAUGAGGGCCUGUCACCGGCAUGGAGAGAUGGUGGUUUGAGGAAAGUUCCCACUCCUCCCUCGUCUCAUGCUUGGAUGAGUCGAGUCAGUGAAGAGGAGAACCAUAGCAAAGCUGACAUCCAGGAGAACCUCUCCAAGCUUUUUACACAGCAGACGCAACCAGGAAAGAUCCCGUCACCCUGGUCCAUGGCAGAGAAGCUCCCGGUGUCUGGUUUUAACCAGGACAAGGUAAAAGUGGUCUACUACAGAGCGCUGUACCCAUUCGAUGCCCGUAGUCAUGAUGAGAUCACCAUUCAUCCUGGAGAUAUAGUGAUGGUGAAGGGGGAGUGGGUGGAUGAGUCACAGACAGGUGAACCGGGGUGGUUAGGAGGAGAGAUUAAAGGAAAGACUGGCUGGUUUCCAGCAAACUAUGCAGAAAAGAUCCCUGAAUCUGAAGUUCCUCUCAGUUUGAGGGCCAGCGGCACCCCUACAUUAGGAUCCCAGAUAUCAUCCACUUCCUCAUCUAAUACGGCCACGCCCAUACAGCCAGUUUCCACAGAGCCUGCACCGAUACCCCCUCCCUCUUCAGCCGCAGCCCCACCAGGCCCCGCCUCCUCAUCUUCCUCAACAUCUAGCAAUUGGGCAGAUUUCAGCACUACAUGGCCAUCUAACUCAUCUGUGGAGAAGCAGGACAGCGAUGGGUGGGACGCGUGGCCAACCCAGCCCACUCAGCCUUCUCUGUCUGUGCCCAGUGGGGGUCAGAUGAGACAGCGCUCGGCUUUUACACCCGCCACACUCUCUGGAUCCUCACCCUCGCCUGUGCUUGGACAGGGUGAGAAGGUGGAGGGUCUGCAAGCGCAGGCUCUGUACCCCUGGAGAGCCAAAAAAGACAAUCACCUGAACUUUAACAAGAAUGAUGUCAUCACCGUGCUUGAACAGCAGGACAUGUGGUGGUUCGGAGAGGUACAGGGGCAGAGAGGAUGGUUCCCCAAAUCGUACGUCAAACUUAUCUCCGGACCCGUACGGAAAUCUAUGAGUAUUGAGUCUGGUUCCUCCGACAGCCCCCCCAGUGUUAAGAGACCCAGCCCGUCCCCGAACAAGCCCACGGAUCUCGGAGAAGAGUAUGUGGCAAUGUAUACCUAUGAAAGCAGUGAGCAAGGUGACCUGACCUUCCAGCAGGGUGAUGUCAUCACGGUCACAAAAAAAGAAGGGGAUUGGUGGACCGGUACUGUGAGCGGGAGGACCGGAGUCUUCCCCUCCAAUUACGUCAAACCUAAAGAUUCUGAGGGUUUGGGAUCUGCUGGGAAAACGGGAAGUUUGGGGAAGAAACCAGAGAUCGCUCAGGUCAUCGCCCCCUACACGGCCACAGGUCCAGAGCAGCUGACUCUGGCACCAGGACAGCUCAUUCUCAUCCGCAAGAAAAACCCGGGUGGAUGGUGGGAAGGAGAACUUCAGGCAAGAGGAAAGAAGCGUCAGAUUGGCUGGUUUCCAGCUAAUUAUGUUAAAUUAUUAAGCCCUAGCACCAGUAAGACCACACCCACAGAGCCCAUCCCACCCAAGCUGCCAACGCCCAAUGCAGUGUGCCAGGUGAUUGGCAUGUACGACUACACAGCGCAGAACGAUGACGAGCUGCCUUUUGGCAAAGGCCAAAUCAUCAACGUGUUGAGCCGAGAGGAUCCCGAUUGGUGGAAAGGGGAGCUGAAUGGUUCCGUCGGACUUUUCCCAUCCAACUACGUCAAGCUGACCACCGACACUGACCCCAGCCAACAAUGGUGUGCGGAUCUACACCUUCUCGACAUGCUGACCCCGAUGGAAAGGAAGAGGCAGGGCUACAUUCAUGAGCUUAUUGUUACAGAGGAAAACUAUGUCAAUGACCUGCAGCUGGUCACUGAGACCUUCCAGAAGCCUCUGCUGGAGUCCGAAUUGUUGACGGAGAAGGAGGUGGCCAUGAUUUUCGUCAACUGGAAAGAGCUGAUUAUGUGCAACAUCAAGCUGCUCAAGGCGUUGCGGGUGAGGAAGAAGAUGUCAGGGGAGCGCAUGCCGGUGAAGAUGAUUGGUGACAUCCUGACAGCUCAGCUUCCUCACAUGCAGCCGUACAUCCGCUUCUGCAGCUGCCAGCUCAACGGCGCCACCCUCAUCCAGCAGAAAACAGAUGAGGUGCCGGAAUUCAAAGAGUUUGUUAAGAGGUUGGCGAUGGACCCUCGCUGUAAGGGAAUGCCCCUGUCCAGUUUCCUCCUCAAACCCAUGCAGAGAGUCACUCGGUACCCUCUCAUCAUCAAAAACAUUUUAGAGAAUACCCCAGAGAGUCAUCCGGACCACAGUCACUUGCGUUUAGCGCUGGAGAAGGCUGAGGAGCUGUGCUCGCAGGUCAACGAAGGCGUGCGUGAGAAAGAAAAUUCGGACCGCUUGGAGUGGAUCCAGGCCCAUGUGCAAUGUGAGGGGCUUUCAGAGCAACUUGUCUUCAACUCCGUUACGAACUGCCUGGGACCUCGAAAAUUCCUGCACAGUGGCAAACUGUACAAAGCCAAAAGCAACAAGGAGCUUUACGGCUUCCUGUUUAAUGACUUCCUGCUCCUCACGCAGAUCAUCAAACCUCUCGGCUCGUCUGGAAACGACAAGGUUUUCAGCAGCAAGUCACACCUGCAGUAUCGCAUGUACAAAACGCCCAUCUUUCUGAACGAGGUGUUGGUAAAGCUGCCUACUGAUCCUUCAGGAGAUGAACCCAUAUUCCACAUCUCUCACAUUGACAGGGUCUACACUAUACGGGCUGAGAGCAUAAACGAGCGGACGGCCUGGGUACAAAAGAUCAAAGCUGCCUCUGAGCUCUUUAUCGAAACAGAGAAGAAGAAGAGAGAGAAAGCGUACCUGGUGAGGUCUCAAAGGGCCACAGGGAUUGGACGGCUGAUGGUGAACAUCGUAGAAGGCAUUGAGCUGAAGCCCUGCCGCUCGAAUGGUAAAAGUAAUCCAUACUGUGAGGUGACGAUGGGCUCUCAGUGUCACGUGACUAAGACACUGCAGGACACUUUGAACCCCAAAUGGAACUCAAACUGCCAGUUCUUCAUUAAGGACCUGGAGCAGGACGUGCUGUGUGUCACUGUGUUUGAAAGGGAUCAGUUCUCCCCGGAUGAUUUCUUGGGCAGAACGGAGAUUCGGCUGGCCGACAUUAAGAAGGACCAGGGCUCUAAAGGCCCCAUCACCAAGCGUCUGCUUUUACAUGAAGUCCCCACGGGCGAGAUUGUGGUCCGACUGGACCUUCAGCUCUUUGACGAACCCUGAUCCGUGUUGUUCGACCUGACCUUUUGCCCCUCAGAUCCCAUAUGUGCUGCUCCUCCGUGGUGAAAGCCAUCAGCCUAUGUGACAAUCCCACUCCACCCAGCAUCGUGAACCCAGAGCGUGAAUGUCUUUCCCCAAGAAAUAUGUGAUCGGGAUGAAAUUUUUGUUGUCCUUGGUAGCAUUUAAAGCCAAGCGUUGUGUGCGCGAGUGUAAAUGAAGGAUGCACUGUAGAGAAAAAAAUAUUUCAGUCUCUAAUGAUGUGAAGGAUGUCUCAGGAUGCUGUAAGUUUUAUUUAAGCUGGAAAUUUGCCAUAACUUUUUCGCAGCUAUUUAUUUUAAAAUGCAUAGAAUCGUCAUAUAAUGAAAACUUGUUCCAGGUGAUUCCAAGUGCCAUUCCGAUGACUCCCAUAGGUGAAUCUCACAAAACUAUUACUUUAAUAUACAGAUUUAAAAUAAUUCUCAAUACUGUAUUGUUAAGUAUGUAAUGGUAGUAUUUAAAUGAAUUCAGUUUUAAAUACAAAAUUGUAAUACAGUAAUGAGAAUUUAAUCACAAUGAUUAACACGACACAUAAAACAUGUAAGGUUAAGGGAAAGAUGUACUGUAUUAAAGGUGCAUUGUGUGACUUUUUAAAGGAUCUCUUGACAGAAAUGCAAUAUAAUUUACAUAACUAGAUUAUCAGUUAUGAACUGUAUUGUUUAUAUUACCUUAGUAUGAUCCGUUUUUAUUUACAUACACCUCUGGUCCCCUUACGUGGGGGUCGCCAUUUUGUGCCACCAUGUUUCUACAGUAGCCCUAAAGAGACAAACUGCUGUACAGAGCGCGUUUCAUCACUACGUUGGUCAGACGAUGACAUGUUUGGCCCUUGGUGGCUACUUUAGCUUCUUUAUACUUUUUGAAAGGGAGGGGUGAGCUGCGGACUGCGCUGUUGGUUGCAAUUCACAGUCUCACAGCUAGAUGCCGCUAAAAAUCUACGCAAUGAUAUGGACACAUAAGGGUUAUUAAAGGACAAGUUAAACACUUAAAGCCCUGUUUUCAGAUUGUUUAUGAUGAAAUAGA